AUGUCACAAGAUGUGCAGAGUGCAGAAAACAAUGGAAGGCGUGAUGGGAAUGCCCCAAAGCCAGUUGCGUAUCUCCACAGCUAUCUGCAUGGAGGAGCAUCCAGCCUUAUUUGCACCGUCAUCACCUUUCCUGUGUACAAAACGGUCUUUCGCCAGCAGCUUCACAGCACACUGAUCCAACAGACUGUGGCGCAGCUGUACAAAGAAGGGCUCCUAAAACUCUACCGGGGGGUGGCGCCACCCCUGCUGAUGAAGACACUUCAGGGAACUAUCCUGUUUGGGUUUCAAAACACUCUUCUGCAACAGCUCUCCCCAUGGGCUGAACCACUUCUACCCAGGUUGAUGCUUCCCGCUGUAGCUGGGUUGGGGACAGGUGUGGUAGAGGCUUUGAUUUUCAACCCGUUCGAGAGGGUGCAGUGCAUUCUCCAAAACAACAGGAAUGAUCAGUGUCUUCCUACAAUCAGCAAAAUCAUGGCGCGUAUGAGAUCGGAACCGUUGGCGUAUGGGUGGUACCGAGGUUUUUUACCCACGCUUGUUCGCAAUGCCACCGGCAGCAGCCUAUACUUUGGCAUAAAGGGUCCAGUUUCAAAUGCGCUAAAUGAGCAACACUUUCCACCCGUUGCCUCUUCAUUUAUCUCAGGAAUGGUCAGUUCUUUGGUGAUAAGCCUGCCCUUGUACCCUGUUUCAGUGCUGGUGGCCAACAUGCAGGCUCAGGUUGGAGAAGAAAAUCUAGGGCUGCGAGGAAGCUGGAAUCAGCUGUGGCAGAAAAGACAAAAGAGUCUGGUGCUGCUGUACCGUGGAGGUUCGCUGGUCAUCCUGCGCUCCUGCAUCUCAUGGGGUAUAAUCACUUUAAUUUACGACCUGCUGUCAAGACACACAAGCUGAUAAACCAACCAGUAUUCUAAUGCACGAAAUAAAGUCUUUUGAGAGUCCAAAUUUAUUUUUUUAUUAGGAUUUUAACAUCAUGUUUACACACUUUGGUUACAUUCAGGACAGAAACGGUAGUUACUCGUUACACAGGAUUCAUCAGGUCACAAGUUUAAUGUUAAACACAGUCAUGGACAAUUUUGUAUGUUAAAUUUACCUCACUUGCACAUGUUUGGACUGUGGGAGGAAACCAGAGUUCCCGGAAACCCAUGCAGACACGGGGAGAACACACAAACUCCACACAGAAAGGACCCGGACCGCUCCACAUGGGGAUCGAACCCAGGACCACCUUGCUGUGAGGCGACAGUGCCACCUUUGUGAGGCCAAAUACUUACGAAAAAAUGACUACUUACUGUAUUAUUGCCUGUUUACUAUUCUCAGGGGUUUAAUGUAUUAAUGCUGCCUUCAAGUCCUGUUGGACAUACUGUAAUUACAAGUUCUUGAAGUGGAAGUGGAAGUUGGCAUGUUUAUUAAUAGUCUUGCAAUGAGCUUGG